AUGGGCGGCCGCAACCGAUUGAGUGCCGCUAUGUCAGGGGACAGCGGGCACCUAAGAAGAGUUAUCGAUCCAUCACCGACCCCCCAGCCGGCCACGCACGUAUACACCACCCCGCCACUCGCAGCACCCUCUCGAACUUUGGACCAGUGCCAGCCAGAACACUCCAACAUGUCAACAAUAGCCACCCCGCGCGACACAGGGACGCCCCUCGCGCGGCGCGUCAACUCCUCUCAAGCCUUUAACAACUCCAAUACAACACCCACCUCCUCCACGCGCCCAAGCCUUGACGUGCCUCGAUCCGCCUCGAGCUCGCCCAACCCCUCCGCCGCCCCUGCCGCCGCCGCCGCCGGCAAACGCGCCAACCGCGCCGCCCUUCGCGAGUACUACAACCUCAAAAAAUCCCAAGCGGCCUCUGGCACGGGGACCUCGACCCCGAUCCUCGAAGUAACCUCCACCCCACCAUCGCCCGACCCGUCCAACAAUGGCUUUCAGCAAUCCCUCUCCUCAUUCGACUCCAUCCCCGCCUCGCCCCUUCUUGACUCGCCCGACUUUUCGGCGCAACCGUACCUCUCAGAGCUCCUGCAGUCGUCGACGUUAGCCGAACUCCUCAAGACGUACGCCCGCAUCCUGUCCGAGAUCCGCGCUUUAGAUGCCGAGAAGAAGGCGCUCGUGUACGAUAACUACUCGAAGCUGAUCAGCGCGACCGAAACCAUACGCAAGAUGCGCACCAGCAUGUUUGAUUCGAACGCGCUGACGGGGGAUAAGCUGGACCCCAUGGCCAGCACCCUGGAUGCUGUGUUGGGAAAGGUGUAUGAGCUUGCGAGUGGAAUUAGAGGGGAGCUUAGGCAGCGGUUGUCGGAGAGUCGUGGUGGGAAUGAAGAUGCUGCCGUGAGACGCAGAGAAACGGAGCAAGAGCAGGAUAGGGAUCUGGAUGGCAUUGAGGACGAGGAGGAGCGAAGGAGAAGGAAAGAGAGGAGGGAUAGGACGAGAGAGUUGGCGAGGGAAGUAGUAAAGGUUCCUGAACGGUUAAGGGCGUUGAUGAAGGAAGGGAAGAAGGAGGAGGCGGCGAGGGAAUGGGAGAUGCCGAGGCGGUUGUUGGAGCGGUGGAAAGAGAAGGGGGUGGGAGGAGAGGAUGUGGGGAGGCUGUUGGAGGAGGGCGAUACGAUAGUCAAAGGGGAGAAGGGCAGUACUCCUAGGACGUCAACACAGGGGGUUGAGGUGUAA